UUCCUGACAACUCAACACUAAAAUUCGCCCCCCACCUUUUUUUUCCCCUGUGCAACGCACCUCCCCGUCUCCGCUUUUAAUUGUUUGGCUGCCAUUCCUCUUCUACAGUGCUCCUUGCAAUGAGGAAUGGGGACUGUGCUUUACAUAUUUGCGAACUAGGUGUAUGGCACGAAGUAGAUGUUUAGUAAAUGCUGAUUGAAUGAGUAUCCUGUGUAUCUCAGAGGCAUCACACCCAGCGUGCCGUGGCGUCAUUCCGCACUCCUCUGCGGGAGGCUCAGAUCCGGAGGGUUUAAGUGGUUAUUUAUAACAAACACCGAACAGCUCCAACGCAAGCUGUGGUUUCAGACCGCCCACAAAAAGCGCAGCUGGCGGGAGUGCGGGCUCUGGGUCGACUGGCAGCUGGAAGACUCCAGCUCCUGCGGAAACACCCUGCUUGGGAGGCGCCGGCGCCCCGUAACUCUGGGAAUAAAAGGUGCGAGGGAGGGAGCUGGCGGCUCACUUAUCGCGGUGUUUCUUCCCUUUUCACUACCGGAGGAGCUCUCGCGAGAGGAGCAAGAGGAAGAUGGCCGUGCCCUGAUUUUCGGUUUGAGGCAGCGACGGCGGCGGCUCUGAAGGCGAAACUGAGAUCCUGGUGUCGUGGGCACCUGAGCUCUAGCACCCCCCAGCGAGCGCGCGUCCCUUCGUGCCUAGGCGAGAGCCGGCUCUUCCCCGGGAGAUGCGUUUGUCCCAGGCUCGGGGGCGCAGUGGGAGUUCAUGCUGCGCUGGAGGCUCCUGGCCACCGCUCUAAUCGCCUUGUGCCGCCCCAGCGCCAGCUCCGUCGCCGGCGGUGAGCCUCCCGAUCCCCCCCACUGCCCCUGGCGGCGGCGAUGACCGGGGAGAAGAUCCGUUCACUGCGGAGGGACCACAAGCCCAGCAAAGAAGAAGGGGACCUGCUGGAGCCCGGGGAUGAGGAAGCGGCGGCUGCCCUCGGCGGCACCUUUACCAGAAGCAGGAUUGGCAAGGGCGGCAAAGCUUGUCAUAAGAUCUUCAGUAACCAUCACCACCGGCUGCAGCUGAAGGCAGCUCCGGCCUCCUCCAAUCCCCCCGGCGCCCCGGCCCUGCCGCUGCACAAUUCCUCCGUGCCUGCCACCUCCCAGUCCCCGGCCCUUCUAGCCGGCACCAACCCCGUUCCUGUCGUCGCGGAUGGAGGCAGUUGCCCCGCACACUACCCAGUGCACGAGUGCGUCUUCAAGGGGGAUGUGAGGAGACUCUCCUCUCUCAUCCGCACGCACAAUAUCGGGCAGAAAGAUAAUCACGGAAAUACUCCUUUACACCUUGCUGUGAUGUUAGGAAAUAAAGAAUGUGCCCAUUUACUUUUGGCUCACAAUGCUCCAGUCAAGGUGAAAAAUGCUCAGGGAUGGAGCCCUCUGGCGGAAGCCAUCAGCUAUGGAGAUAGACAGAUGAUUACAGCUCUUUUAAGGAAGCUUAAGCAGCAAUCCAGGGAAAGUGUUGAAGAAAAACGACCUCGAUUAUUAAAAGCCCUGAAAGAGCUAGGUGACUUUUAUCUAGAACUUCACUGGGAUUUUCAAAGCUGGGUGCCUUUACUUUCCCGAAUUCUGCCUUCCGAUGCAUGUAAAAUAUACAAACAAGGUAUCAAUAUCAGGCUUGACACAACUCUCAUAGACUUUACUGACAUGAAGUGCCAACGAGGGGAUCUAAGCUUCAUUUUCAAUGGGGAUGCGGCGCCCUCUGAAUCUUUCGUAGUAUUAGACAAUGAACAAAAAGUUUAUCAGCGAAUACAUCACGAGGAAUCAGAGAUGGAAACAGAAGAAGAGGUUGAUAUUUUAAUGAGCAGUGAUAUUUACUCUGCAACUUUAUCAACAAAAUCAAUUUCUUUCACGCGUGCCCAGACGGGAUGGCUUUUUCGGGAAGAUAAAACAGAAAGAGUAGGAAACUUUUUGGCAGACUUUUAUCUGGUGAAUGGACUUGUUUUAGAAUCAAGGAAAAGAAGGGAACAUCUCAGUGAAGAGGAUAUUCUUCGAAAUAAGGCCAUCAUGGAGAGUUUGAGUAAAGGUGGAAACAUAAUGGAACAGAAUUUUGAGCCGGUUCGAAGACAGUCUCUGACACCUCCUCCUCAGAACACUAUUACAUGGGAAGAAUAUAUAUCUGCUGAAAAUGGAAAAGCUCCUCAUCUGGGUAGAGAAUUGGUGUGCAAAGAGAGUAAGAAAACAUUUAAAGCGACGAUAGCCAUGAGCCAGGAAUUUCCCUUAGGGAUAGAGUUAUUAUUGAAUGUUUUAGAAGUAAUAGCUCCCUUCAAGCACUUUAACAAGCUUAGAGAAUUUGUUCAGAUGAAGCUUCCUCCAGGCUUUCCUGUAAAAUUAGAUAUACCUGUGUUUCCCACAAUCACAGCCACUGUGACUUUUCAGGAGUUUCGAUACGAUGAAUUUGAUGGCUCCAUCUUUACUAUACCUGAUGACUACAAGGAAGACCCAAGCCGUUUUCCUGAUCUUUAACUGACAUGGAAAAGGAUGCUGUCUGACCAAGGAAAGAAAAUGCAGAGACCCUAGAAGUGGAUCCAAAUAGAAGGGACAAAUGCUUUCAGUGAAGAAAAGGGAAUUACACAAUGAAUUGACACAUCAGUAAUAUGAUACAGUGAAAUGGGCCUCUAAUAAGAAUUUCAGCCAGUUUUCUGAUGUGCCAUUUUUGGUCCUUUUAAAAAUAUACAUAUUAUAAAUGUAAUAGUUUGACACCUUAAUGACCCUGAGACCUUCGUAUGUAAAGCAGCUAUGAGUGCUGUGAUUUGUUUUUAAAAAUUUUUACACUUCUUGUUGAAAUAUAUAUGCAUAUAAAUAUAUCUAUAUCUAUAUCUAAAACACUCCUGGACCAUUAACGUAAAUUAAAUGUCUUAAGAGAUAUGGAGCCCUUUUAAACUUGUCAUCUUAAUUCAAGGUGACAUUUAUAAAUAUUCCUUUGAGCUUUGUUUUCAUAAAAUGUAAACUAUGUAACAUUAUGUAUAGUUCAGUAAUUUGAAUGUUUGUUCAAUAUAAUGAACUAGAAGGAAUGCAAUUUUCUGUAGAUGAAUGAACCAAAUGGUAACCAUUAAACAAUUGCAUUUAUAUGUUGCAAUACAUUUCAGAAGGAGCAUUCACUCUGCAGGGAAUAAGGUACCUCUCCUUUAGCACCUUAGUGCAAUUCAUUGUGGUGCUAUUUGUUUUUACCUGAAUGUUUGUUACUAAUCUUCCUUUCAUAGAACCUCUAUUUUGUUUUUCUAAACUUGAGUUUGAGUCCUUGUUAUGUUCAUCAUGAGGUAAUGAAUGGUUAGCAUGUUUAAAGAUAUUCCUCUUCCAAAUCUCAGCACUUUAAAAAAAAUUCCAAAUUUUUAAACUUGCUUCCUAAUAAGUGCACAUCAGUCUGAUUACUUUGUUUGUUUUUAGUAGAAUGUGGAUACACUGGAGUCAGUUUUAAAAAACAAUACACAUAUUUUGGACAACCCUACAUAUUUAAUGCUUUCAAAAUAAGAUAAAAACAUUUUAUAUGCUAACAGAAUAUAUUUGUUACAAGUUAAAGUCCAGAAGUAUACAGAAGAUUGAUGAUUCCUAUUGUUUAUUUUUUUUAAAUCACAGGAAAAUAUUUAUUGAUUUAAUUUUCUCCAAAUGAUAAAAUCAUGUAUUACUCAUUUUUGCACUUAAAAUUUUUCUUAUUUAUUCCAACAUGGUUUGAAGGUCCAAGUAUGAAACUGACUUAGGGGGAAUAAUGUAUAACAGUUAUAAAGUAUCAUGUUGUAUUAAAGAGCUUACUUAGAUCGAUGUUUUUAAAAUGUAUCCUGAUGAAUGUCUCAAGAAUGCAUCUGUCAAGUUUUUUUAGACUGACCAGUAGCUUAAACUUUUUCGAGGAUUUUAGAUAAUUUAAAAUGAGUUUAGAGACCCAUAUUGAAAAUAUGACUUAAAACUCCAAAGUAUAAACUAAGAAAAAUUUUAAAUAAACAUCAUCUUUAAAGCUGCAUCUUCCAUGCUGAUACAUACAUUGCAUAUGUUGGCAUUAAGUACAUUUUAUAAUAAAGAAAAAUAAUCAUAGUUAAAAAUUGAAACACCUAAUUACUACCUUACAUGGGCCUGUUGAAUGUUGGGGAAAGUGUUAGUAAACCCAGACUAGCUUUAUUGAAUAGAAGUUGAUCCCUGUUAUUUAGGAAAUGGGUAGAUCAGAUGACUUAGAGACUGAAUUAUCCUAUGUGUGGUUAUGUGGGGUUGGAGACACUGAAAGGCAGUGAUCACUGUUGCUUUUCAGCUCUCUUACUUUGUAGGAAUUUGGUAUACUUUCAGGAAUAUGCUACAGAUUUUUUUCAUAAGAACAGACACCUUAGGGAGGAAAAAAACAUGGGUAAUUGAAACUUAUGAUUUAUUAAUUUCUUAACAGCACAGCUAUGAAUAUUUUGCUGGGGUGCACUGAAGGGUAGGAAGACUACUGGAAAUUUUUGCACUUGAAUUUUGUUUUUAAAGCUUUUUCCUUUAAAUAAUAGUAGAAACAGAUUAUCCAUUCCAAAAUGUCCUUUCUCUGAUCACGAAGAGCAAACAAAUGUUAAUAUCUCUUACGAUGGUUAAAAAAAAAAAAAAAAAGGAAUUAAUCAAUGCAAAUAAACUUUUCACAGUUUUACUUUUCAUGAA